AUGCGUUUUCCUCUGACUUCAACAAAACAACAGACUGGCCGAUUCAUCCCGGACAAAUCGAACAUCUGGCGCGAUUGCGUCGAUGGCUAUUACGAUUGGGUAAAAGAACACAUCAACGAAGGCGCGCCGUUGAACGAGGCGGAUCAUUGCGGGGAUCCACCGUUGCUUUUAGCCGCUGGGAAUGGACACACGGCGGUGUGCGACUUGUUGAUCUCCGAAGGCGCGGACAUUCAACAAGCCGGUUUGAUGAAAGAUACGCCGUUACAAAGAGCCGCACACAACGGGCAUUUGCAAACAGUCCGUUUUCUCGUGGAGAAUGGUGCCGAAGUGGACGCUUUGGAUAUGGGCGAGAACACCGCUUUACACUGGGCGGCGAUGCGAGGGCACGUUGAAAUCGUAAACUUUUUGUUGCAAAACGGCGCCAACAAGAACAUGAAGAACGCGCAAGACAAGUUACCCAUCGAUAUGUGCCAAGCGGUAUGGAGUGACUCGUACAAGUACGUGAAGGAAUGCUUAGCUUGA